AUGUGGAGUUUAUGGAAGCGCAUGAAUCUCAAGUUAUGGCAACAUCAAAAUGAAACAAUAUUGCAGGUUGUUGAGCGUGCAAAGCAUCUUUUGGAUGAAUGGCGAACAACCCAAAUCAUAAGAUCGCGAAAAGAAGAUGCCCCGUUGACGCAUCAAAGUAACUAUACCGACGUCAACGUGGUUGAAUGGUCGAAACCGGCUCAUGACAGAUACAAAUGUAAUAUUGACGCCUCUUUCUCCUGUUCCAAGAAUAUGGUGGGUAUCGGUAUUUGUCUUCGUGAUGACAGGGGUGAAUUUAUCUGUGCUAAAACAAAUUGUUUCUCCCCUCUCUGCGAUGUUGAUGUGGGUGAGGCCGUAGCUUUUCAUACGGCGUUGAAGUGGAUGACAGAUCUUCACUAUGAUAAUGUUGACUUUGCUUUAGAUUCCAAGAUAGUGGUUGAUCAUUUUCGAUCUUAUGUAGAGGAUGAUAGUGAGCUUGGAUGUAUCAUGCAUGCUUGUAGACAAUUGUUUGACAAUAGUUUUCAGAACUCUCAUGUCGAGUUCAAUAGGAGGCAAGUUAAUGGGGUCGCUCAUGAGUUAGCUAGGGUAGCCCCAUCUAAUGCUAGCUCCUACGUUUAUGAUAAUGUACUGUCAUGUAUUUCUUUUUUGAUUGAUAAUGAAAAGCACCGAAUUUCUCCCUUUAAAAAACAAGAAAUAACUCUCAUUGUCAAUUAA